AUAAAAUAAAAAAGCAAAACAUAAAAAUCGUCUCACAUCUCUUCUCCGCUGGAUCCGUGAAGGCAAAUACGUAUACACCAACGCUUACACACUGUACGUAUAGAUGUGUAUGUUCUCGUCUACCUUUCGCUCUGGUUGCAGUGGAAAAAUGAAAUGCAAUUAGCUUUUUGGAUGAAAAAAGGGCAUCGCUUCCAAGACAAGCGAAGCGGAGAUUAUAAACCCUCGAAAUUGCAAUCACGAUAACUAUCUCCUACUGAUUACUGACAUUGAUCCUUCUUUUCUCUGCCUCUUCUUCUACGUAAUCACUCUCUCAUAGAUCUCUCUCUCCGUCUCUCCAUCUCUCUCUCUCUCUCUCUCUCUCUGGGUUUCUUAUGCUUCUCCGGUAUCUUCCCUUUUGCAUGUGAUUCGGCCUUUUUGAUGUUAUGUUCUUUGAUUCGCUCCAGUCCCAGAAGGUUUGAGUUUGGGCUGAAAUGGCAUCUAAACAAGGAUCAAAGACAAGAAAAGCAGGGUCUAGCAAGUUGAGGGCUACUGAUUCGCCUGCAACUUCAACAACUUCAUCUUCCAAGCUUUAUCCAGAGUCAUCUAUUGAUGGACACAGCUCCCCUGCUUCUUCAUCUGCUCGAAGCAAGCCUAAGUUCUUCUAUACGGAAAACUUACCACCAGAUAUUGAUCAGUCCAAAGAAAAUGUCACAGUUACAGUUCGCUUUCGCCCACUCAGUCCAAGGGAAAUUCGCCAAGGGGAGGAGAUAGCAUGGUACGCUGAUGGGGAAACAAUUGUGCGGAAUGAGUAUAAUCCAGCUAUAGCUUAUGCCUAUGACCGUGUUUUUGGCCCGACAACCACAACACGUCAAGUUUAUGAUGUUGCUGCUCAGCAUGUCAUUAGUGGUGCUAUGGAGGGGAUUACUGGCACCAUCUUUGCAUAUGGAGUAACCAGCAGUGGGAAGACUCACACAAUGCAUGGUGACCAGAGAUCUCCUGGUAUCAUACCACUGGCAGUGAAAGAUGCUUUCAGCAUUAUUCAAGAGGUACUUCAUAGCUUUGUUGAAUUCCUUGGCCUAAAUAGUAGCAAUCUCACAUGUUCCAUUUCCACACAGACACCAAACAGAGAAUUUCUCCUACGGGUUUCCUACUUGGAAAUAUAUAAUGAGGUUGUCAAUGAUUUAUUGAACCCAGCAGGACAAAAUUUGAGGAUCAGAGAAGAUGAGCAGGGAACCUAUAUUGAAGGGGUCAAAGAAGAAGUUGUCUUAUCCCCUGCUCAUGCGCUUUCUCUGAUUGCAGCUGGAGAAGAGCAUCGACAUGUUGGGUCCACAAAUUUUAAUUUGCUCAGCAGUCGAAGCCAUACAAUAUUUACAUUGACGAUAGAGAGUAGCCCCUUGGGUGAAAAUAAUGAAGGCGAGGCUGUUCAUUUAUCGCAGCUGAAUCUCAUUGACCUUGCCGGCUCUGAGAGCUCAAAGGCUGGAACCAGUGGGUUAAGACGCAAGGAAGGAUCAUAUAUAAAUAAAAGUUUGCUGACUCUGGGGACAGUUAUAUCAAAGCUUACAGAUGGAAGGGCCAGUCACAUACCGUUCAGAGACUCCAAACUAACCCGGCUCCUUCAGUCCUCAUUGAGUGGUCAUGGCCGUGUAUCUCUCAUUUGUACAGUUACACCAGCAUCAAGCAGUUCUGAAGAAACACACAACACAUUGAAAUUUGCCCAUCGCGCUAAGCAUAUUGAGAUUCAAGCUGCACAGAACAAGAUAAUUGACGAGAAGUCAUUAAUCAAGAAGUACCAAAAUGAGAUACACAAGCUGAAGGAGGAGUUGGAACAGCUUAAAAGGGGAAUUGUACAAGUUCCUCAAAUAAAGGAUAUCAAUGAAGAUGAUAUUGUUCUCCUGAAGCAGAAGCUAGAAGAUGGUCAAGUCAAGCUGCAAUCUAGACUUGAAGAAGAGGAAGAAGCUAAAGAAGCUCUCUUGAGUAGAAUUCAACGGUUGACGAAGUUAAUUCUGGUGUCCACUAAAACGCCACAAUCAUCCCGAUUAUCCCAUCGCGCUGAUCUUCGUCGGAGACACUCAUUUGGAGAAGAGGAGCUGGCUUACCUACCAUAUAAGAGGCGGGACAUGAUGGAUGACGAGAACCUUGAUUUAUAUGUUUCACUAGAGGGGAAUCCUGAGAUAAGAGAUGGUGCAUCAAGAGAAGAAAAGAAGACCCGGAAGCACGGGUUACUGAAUUGGUUGAAGCUUAAGAAGAAAGAGAACAAUUUAGGGUCAUCAAGCGCCAGUGACAAGUCGAGUGCAGUUAAGUCCAAUAGCACACCUUCGACCCCUCAAGGGGGAGGCAGUAAUCUGCAUACGGAAUCCAGACUUUCAGAAAGCUCUCCAUUGGCAGAUCAAUUCUCAGAGGCCAUGCAAGAUAGAGAAGUUCCUGAAGACAGUUUCCAUGAAACAGAUACACCGGAGAUUAGCAUAAAAAUAACCGACCAGAUUGAACUACUGCGGGAACAGCGAAAGAUUUUAUCUGGGGAGGUGGCGCUACAAUCAAGUUCUUUAAAACGGUUGUCAGAAGAGGCAGCAAAAAUCCCUCAGAAUGAAGAUCUUAAAGCUGAGAUUAGCAAGCUUUAUGAUGAGAUCAAGUCAAAGAAUGACCAGAUCGCUACGUUGGAGAAACAAAUUGCAGAUUUUGUUAUGGCAUCGCAUAACGCAUUGGAUAAGUCCGAGAUUGUGCAGGCUGUAGCUGAAUUGAGGGAUCAAUUAAAUGAGAAAUCUUUUGAACUUGAGGUCAAAACUGCCGAUAAUCACAUUAUUCAGGAACAACUCGAUCAAAAGGUGGGUGAAUGUGAAGCAUUGCGAGAAGAAGUUGCAAACCUAAAGCAGCAGCUCUCUGGAGCCCUAGAACUGAGAAAUACCAGCUCAAAAAGUGUCUCCAAUGAUCACAGAUCCGAGAGCAAAACCCCGAGCUCGGAGGAAAGAAAUGACAAAAGAAUCUUACAAGCACAGGCAUUUGAGAUUGAGGAGCUCAAGCAGAAAGUUGCAGAACUAAUUGAAUCAGAGGAACAACUACAACUCAGAAACAAGAAACUUGCUGAAGAGAGUUCAUACGCUAAAGGGCUUGCGUCAGCAGCUGCUGUUGAGCUUAAGGCAUUGUCUGAAGAAGUUGCAAAGCUAAUGAAUCAAAACGAGAGACUAGCAGCUGAGCUGGCGGCACAGAAGAACUCUCCCACACCGCGAAAUAGGGCAGGAACCCUAAGGAACGGUCGGAGAGAGGGUUUAGCAAAGAGGCAUGAACAAGACAACACAACUAUCAUGGAGCUGAAGAGAGAACUCGCGAUGGGCAAGGAACGUGAGCAUUCGUAUGAAGCAGCCCUCGUGGAGAAAGAUCAGAAGGAAGCCGAGCUUCAAAGGAGGAUAGAAGAGUCGAAACAGAGAGAGGCUUAUCUAGAGAAUGAACUUGCUAACAUGUGGGUUCUUGUGGCCAAGUUGAAGAGAUCUCACCAUGAAGAUGGCUCAGAGAUCUCUGACUCGACGGCGGCUGAAACGGGACGAGAUUGAUCAUUUCAGGAUUUAAGAACUGACCGGAGAGUGUGGUGUACCUCUCGGCUCUUCGAGAAUUAGGGAACAAUGGGUGAGAUUCUGUGUUGGUUGUUGAUCCGUGUGAAUCAAAGUUGUGUGCAUUUGUUUGUAACUCUCUUCUUAAUUCUUCAGAUGGAUCUUUCUCACUGUUUAUAACUUGUAAAGGAAGUGUAACGAGAGAGGAGCACAACUAUUUGUCCA